GUUGCCAAAAAUUAUGUCACAAAAUUAGAUUCCCGCCCUUUCCUUCAUUUUUCGUCAUCGUCAUUUUAAUUCCGUUUUUAUGGACCAAUAGUGUUGACAGCUUGUUAAAGGAUGAUACACCUCGCCAGUAGCUGCUAUCUGAGUGCGGCUCUUUGCCAAAGUUUUUCGCUGAUUGCCACACCGCCUGGUUGUAGCAAGUCUCCGCCGGUUUAGGGUUUGCGUCCAAGCUUGGUACCACGUGGUUUGUCCUGUCCACCCGACAAGGAGGUGCUAUAGACGAAUGUGUUAGGAUAAGUGUUCAUCGAAUGUCUCAUUGCAUAGAAUCAGAACAUCUCAAGAGGAGUAUGCCAGCCCUGCAUUUUGCCAAUGAUAUGUCACGGGGACAUAUAACAGAGAAGCUGAGCUCUUCGCUUCGUCGAAAGGUUGAGUCCGUUGAACCUGCAGACUUUGAUUCGCAGUUCCAAGAAACGGUAUCAGCGGCAGCUAAACAAGUGCUUUUACAAAAGGUCGAGUUUACCCCGGCCAGAAAGCCAUUUUCGUACGAACUAGAUAAGCUGAAGUCAAAAUACAUACGUCUGAAUCCAUCAGCAACAUCCAGUAAGGCUUUGGAGACAGAAAACUCUCCCUCAGGUUCACGAUCAAAAAUGGAAGGAAAACACAUGCCUGAUGAUGGCAUUCCACCACCAAAGAGAGUGCUGUUUGCUCCCGACAAGCUCCGUAUCCAGUGGGACAAAGUUGCUAAAGUAGGGGUGGGACUGGACAACAUGGGGAACACUUGUUUCCUCAACUCAGUUAUCCAGUGUCUCAGUUACACAGCACCCCUGGUCAACCACCUCAUGUCAGAACAUCAACAGUCAUGUCGAGUGAGCGACUGGUGUAUGAUGUGUGAGUUGGGACGACAUCUUCACAGAGUAUUUAACAACUCGAACGCUCACAGCAUCAGACCAAUGACCAUCAUUAAUAGGCUCAAGAGUAUAGCAAAGACAAUGCAGUUUGGUCGGCAGGAAGAUGCGCACGAGUUCUUCAUGAGUGUGGUGAAUGCCAUGCAGAGGGCUUGCCUCAUGAACUGUAAUAUCAACCCAAAUAAGAAUGUUGAUACCUCAACGGCCAAUACCACCAUAGUCUACCAGGUUUUCAGUGGCUACUGCAGAAGUCAGGUUCGCUGCUGUAGGUGCUCGAACUUGAGCAACACCUUCGAUCCUUUCUUGGACCUUCCUCUGGACAUCCGGGGUUCAUCAGUACAACAGUGCCUUGAGCGCUAUGUCAGAGCUGAGCAGAUGUCAGACGAGAAUGCGUACUCUUGCGAGAAGUGUAAAAGGAAGUGCCAAGCUGUGAAGAAGCUCAGCAUACACAGAGCCCCCAACGUCUUAACCAUAUCUCUUAAAAGGUUCAACAACAUGGGACUGAAGGUUACUAAAGAGGUCCAGUACUCAGAAACAAUGAACUUGAGGGCAUAUAUGAGCCAAGAGGGACCGCCAGUAAUCUACAAGCUGUAUGCUGUCCUGGUGCAUCAGGGUUUCUCCUGCCAUGGUGGACACUACUACUGCUUCAUCAAGGCUCCCAAUGGAGUAUGGCAUAUGAUGAAUGAUAGUUUGGUGGGUUCUUUAUUCAUUAUAGUACGGCAGGUAGGGCUGAAUACGGUGCUAUCCCAGCAGGCAUAUCUGUUAUUCUACAUAAGAAUACCGUCUAAGGAAACAGGAGCAUCUUCAGCAGCUACCACUGGCUCUGCUCCAGUUAAGAUUGUUAAGAAUGGGCCACAAGGGAUUGCCAAGACUAAGGUCAACACCACUGUGACAUCUGGAGUGCAAAGGCAUGCCUUCAUUGGUCCCCAGCUCCCUUCUCACAUGAAGAAAACCCAGGAGGCCAAAACUAAUGGAACAGUGUCCAAUGGACCACUGGGAACCCACGUGCCACGGCAGAGCACCCCUGUCCACAAGCCGCAGGCUGCAGCGCCCACCCCGAAGACGAUCCCCGCCCCGCCCAAGGUGGAGAAGAAGUCCUCAAUCUUCCGACCCUCCAGCAUCCCUCCCCAGUCCCAGAGGGAGAAGUUGGCCUUCUCUAUCAAGAAACUGUCUGUGCAGCCGGCAGCUGCCCCCACAGCGAAACCUGAGAAAGCUCAAUCACAGCAGAAGAAGGAGGAAGGUUUGACGAACGGCGUGGGAACUGCCACUGCUAAGGUUAACGGACACAACGGGUCAGUUGCUACCCACAGCUCUGGCACAAUUGUACCCUAUUCCGAUGAGGAGUCAUCAGAUAGUGACGGUGAGAGCAGGAAUGGCCAUAUUGCCGUCAAUGACAAGACAUCCACCAACGGCAGUGUCCAAACCCAGGCUGAGGAUUCAGAAAAGCAACAGAAGCUGGUAGAACAUGCUCAGCCCAGCCCUACUACUAGUGAUUCAAAAACUGUGAAUGUUGCCCCGUCAUCUACUUCCACUGCAACAAAAGAGCAGAAUGAACAUCCCGCCGAGACUCCUGGAAAUGGUGCCAAGUCGGAAGGACCAGCCAAUCCCGAACAAGAGAGGGUUAAUGGACAUUCUGUAGGCAAGUCUGACGAGGAGACCAAGGAUGAGGAAGCUAACGACUCAGCUCAACAGACUGUAGCUCCCUUCGCAGGUUUCCGUCGCAACAGAGUUCGGUCCAGCAGUGGCGAAUGGACAGUUGAUGACGUGAAGCAUCUACCAAACCCUCCCAGCAAUCUUACAGAAGGCAUGUCUCCGGCUGCCAGGGUGUCGGCUCUGGAGAGCAAAGACAAAGUAGGGGACUCACAAGUUGCAGGGAACGGUUUGGACGAUAAAACAAAGGCAACAGAAAGUCAGACUCACCACAACAAUGUGAGCAAAAUCAAGGCCAACCACAACGGCACUCACCCGCAAAAGAAGCUGUCAGAAGCCAGUCUCGUCUCUGGGAAGCGGGAUCAUUCAUCCGAUGACCACCAUCAAGAUCAUGGGAAGAAACUGAAAACCGAAGGGUCUGGUAGUAUCAGCAGGGACACAUUCAGUCACAGCGACUACAACACAGUUGGAACCAAUGGUACAGCCAGUAGGUCAGGCAGCUCUGACAAGGAGAGUUCAUCCUCAAGUAGACACUACUCAAAUGACUCCGGGUAUCUCAGUGUGCAACAUUCAGAGACAAGAGACUCAAGGAAAGACCCUGAAGCACAGAGGAAGAGAAGACACAGUGAUUCGGAGGACUCUGACGAUUCUGGAUAUGAAAAGAAACGCAAAAAGCACAGAGAUCACCACCAUCAUCAUAGACUUGUAGAAAAGGUCUCAAGAAAACACAAGAAACACAAGAAGAAGAAGAAAAAGCACGAAAAGGAAAGAGAUGAACACAAACUAAACACAGCAGCUCGAACUGACAAUAAAACUCAAAGAAAACAUAAAAGAAAUUAUGAAGAUGACUCUCUUGACCAAGAUUCGGAUAAGAAAAAGCAUCACCAGUACGAAAAGCGACCCGAAAAACAAGUGAUUUCCCAGCGGUGGGACAAGGAUGUCCGUGACGGCUACAGACGUUUUAACGACAGCGAACGCAGCUCCAAGAGCAGUUCCUGGGAUGGCCGGAUGACGUCAUCAUCACGAUCCAUUGAUGAGCUGCUGGAGAGGUCUAACAACAAGGGGUAUGGGGCAAAAGUGCUAUCCUGGGAUGGAGACCGGAGCUACGUCAACCGAGAGGCCGACCGUGACAGGCACUUCCACCGAGGUGUGAGGGACGAGUGGGAUGAGGAGUUGGACAAGGGGAAGACAAAGAAGGUGAAGUCACACAGGUCUGAGCACUACCGUCGACCAUUCAAUGUAUUCCAGAAGAUCUCAGAUGCUAGGCAUAAAUACAAGGCACACAGGGACGGCUACAGUAAAUUGCAACCCAGCCAUAGCUGGCACGGUCACUAAACCUGGCCAGGCUCAGGCAGAGAGUUCAUGUACAUGUGGGAUGUUGCUUUUCUCAAUAUUAAUUUUUCCUCGUAUAAAGCAACCACCAUAACACAAUUAUGUAAGGUCUAUAUAACUUGUAAAACUGUAAAUACGAGUAUGCCAUGUACAGAAACUGGCCUUUAACAAGGACUCCUGUGCAACCACUUAAGUAUCAUAUUUUAGUUUUUAAGUCAGUCUCAAUCAAUGAUAGAUAACAUAAUCUCAACAGUCAACCUCUAUAUGCUGCAAUAUGUUAUUAAGUGUUAUAUCAAUUAUGUACCAAUACUAUAGUGUGUCCUAUUCAAAAGUGUGUACUACACAGAACAUGAUAUGGUACUAUCUCAGACAAUUUCAAGUUGGUGCUUACCACAGUAAGUUGUGUUUACAGCUGCAAAAUAAGGCAAUGGUUGCAAUAGCAAGUAACUGCAAGUCCGUAUUUUGAAGAGUGGACCUUUUCCGCCAUUUUCUUCUCCUAUGGGAGAGACUCACACAGCUUGAGUGGCGACCCAAGCUUUGUGACACAUGAUUGAUAAAAGCUGGGCCAUUUUGAGGAGGAUGAUUCAUCACAUCCGACAUACAACAACCUGUUUUUCAGGUUGAUUGUCUAUUUGCAAUUGCAGUCAUUAUUUUUGGAGGGUCCUCAGCCACACCAGGAGGUCACUAAAACCACCAAUUUUGUUUCAUAAACAUUCUGGACAUUGCAGAGAUGCUUUUUGUCAAUGUUCAUAUACGCCCCAGAUUUAGAUCUUUUUUUUUUUCUUUUUCAGUAGUACUGUAAACCUAGAGUGAAGUAGUAUAGUACAUGCCAUGGCACUUUAUGCUACUCAAUUUUAAUAUGCUUCACUGCCAUGAAUAUAUGAAAAUGUGUACUACUGUGUAUGUGACAUUUUCAGGUUUAGUAAUGACUAGACUAGGAAACCAGAGAAGAAUGGUUUCCACCUACCUGCCACUACGAUGAUGUAAUCCUGAAUAAAUUUUACCAUCAGCAA